ACAUGAACACGGGCGCUUCGCCUCUCCUGCCGCCGUCGAGGCUGGCCACGGCCGCGCCGCCGCCCCGCGCGCCCCCUUCGUCGGUGGUGCCUCUGCCCUCGGCGGUGCCCGUGCCGCCCGCCUUCCUCCGGCCGCCCAGCCUCCUCCUGCGCGUCCCCGGCUGCUACUCGCCGGCCGGGCUGGAGCGCGGCGCUGCCUACCCGCGGUCGCCCAAGUGCGCGCGCUGCCGCAACCACGGCGUGGUGUCGGCGCUGAAGGGCCACAAGCGCUUCUGCCGCUGGCGGGACUGUGCGUGCGCCAAGUGCGCGCUCAUCGCCGAGCGCCAGCGCGUGAUGGCCGCCCAGGUGGCGCUGCGCAGGCAGCAGGCGCAAGAGGAGAGCGAGGCGCGCGCGGGCCAGGGCGCGGCGCCCGGCGCCGAGGCCGCCUUCGAGAGCAGCCGCCCGGAGUGCCCGCGCGGGAGACGAGAAGAGAAGUUUCAAAAGUAUGACUUCCUCUGCAGCAAACCAGGCAGUUCUAUAUCUUCACCUUCUCCAGUGUCCACGACUGAAGUUACUGGAGCUAGUAGUGGAGGUCACAGAGAGAAGCCAUCUUGCUUGCAGAUUUCAGGUAAAGAGAAAUCCAGCCAUCCUUCUGUUCCUGAGGAAGGUGCUGAUAGUUCAGCGUCUCUGUCUUCAUCAGACAUGGAAUCUGGAAAUGAAAGUGAAUGUCCCAAGGACCCUGUAAUCUCCAGUAUCCGUUUUCCUCCUUCUCCUACCACUGCUGUGGCUUCAAGGCGCAGGGACCCACUUGAUAUUCUCACCAAAGUCUUUCCAAGACACAAACAAAGUAGAUUAGAAAGGAUUCUGCAGUUCUGCAAAGGGGACGUUGUGCAAGCCAUAGAGCAGAUCCUGAAUGUGGAUGAACACAAACAAGGACUUCAAGAUAUUGUGAUCCCACCCUUGCCAGAGAGUAAUGUCUUCCAGCGGUCCUCUGAUUUUGGCCUCAUAGGUGUGGAUGUCAGAGCACUUGGUAAUAAAUCAGCCUUUUCUCCUCUUCAUACCAGUCCAGCUGCCUUUGCAAGUGAGGUGAGCCUUUAUGGCCUAAAUCCUAGACUGGGGAUCAGGCCUCUGAGGGUGGCUUAUUCCCCUCCAGGAAGAGCUUUGCCUGGAUUUAUGUCACCUUACUUAAGAUCUGGGCUGUUUCCUGCUUUGCCGUUUCCGUCAGCCGUGGACUAUCCCUUUUCAGGGGUGAUCAAAGAUGUGUCAUAUUUCCCCAGUAAAGACUCAGGUGCCAGAAGUGAGAUAUAUUCGAGACUAAGUGAAGAAAACAAAUAGCAUCUUGACCAAAUCGUCAUUUUUGUAGUACUUGUGAUGUGUUCAGACGGGCUGACUGUGUCAGAUCCCAAAUCUCAAAGGUACUGUUUAUUAGCUAUGAGCUGGUAAUAUGUUCCUAAUCUUUACAAAAAAAAAAAAAGGUUUUAAUGGGAUUCCUUAUUUUGACACAGAACACUUUGAAAUCCGAGAAAAGUAAUUUAACAUUUAAAAAAAUUGUUUCUAGCGUAUCAGUGGUGAAGAGAUCAUUAAAACUAGCACUGAUUUUGAAGAUGAGCUUCUGUACAGAAUGUUCAAUUUUUGUAAGUUCUCGAAAAAAAAUUGAAGCGGAAGUGAAGAUGUAAAAAUCCAAGUUGAAUGUUUGUAAAAAGACAAUAAAUCAUAGCUUUUGAAUUCC